AUUUCUAGGUAGAAAGGCGACGAGAACUACAUUUUCCCUGAAACAAAGAGAGGCCCCAGCUUUCCUCAGUGGACGCGUGUGAUGGAUUUGGAUGAAGAUUGUUUUGUUCUCAAGCUCUUGCCUUAACUUCAUCAUUUGCAAGAGGGUGAGAUCUUCUGAUUAGAAAUCAGACAGGAUGCUGGCGAUGGGAACUGAGGAUCAAUAGGAAUCAAGAGUUUUGCUAAUCUGGCCACUGAACUUUGAACUUUUGUUUAUUCAGCCAGAACACAGAAAUUCAGAUGCAAGAAGCUUUAGCAGAAACGGACCAUGGCGAGUCUUUUCUGGGCCAUAAAUCUUUUCCUCCUCCUCAUUAAUCUCACAGGAACUGAAGCUGAAGUAUUUGUAGCCAACGAGAAAGCUAACAACUUCUUAACACGCCAAAGACGUGAAAACAGCUUCUUUGAAGAACUGAAAGAAGGCAACUUGGAGAGAGAGUGCAUCGAAGAGAGGUGCUCACAAGAAGAAGCAAGAGAAAUAUUUGAAGAUGACCAGCGAACUGAUGAAUUCUGGAGUAAGUAUGUAGAUGGGAACCAGUGUGAAUCCAACCCAUGCAAGAAUCUAGGCAGCUGUCGAGAUGGCAUCAACCAGUAUCAAUGCACCUGCCUGGAAGAUUUUAAAGGCAUCAACUGCGAAAUCGAAAUUCCAAAGCUCUGCAGUUUGGAUAAUGGAGGCUGCCACCACUACUGCCGAGUCCAGCAAAACCAGGCAAGGUGUUCCUGUGACGCUGACUUUGUACUUGCUGAUGAUGAUAAGUCAUGCAUUCCUGCAGUACGUAAUCCCUGCGGGACCAUUGGUGACUUCAGGAUAGAUAGUCUCACCGAUCCUGUGCCAAUGAACAGCAGUAUGGUAAAUUCCACUGAUGCUGAAUUGAAUGACAGAGGAGGUGGCAUAUCCGAUCCCAAGGACUCAAUAGUGAGAAUUGUGGGAGGCCAGGAUUGCGAAUUGGGACAGUGUCCAUGGCAGGUUCUUUUAGUCGAUGAAACCAACACAGGAUUUUGUGGAGCCACAAUUCUAAAUGAGUGGUUGGUGUUGACUGCAGCCCAUUGCAUUAACCAGACCAAGGCCAUCACCGCUGUUGCUGGUGAAUUUGAUGUCAACGAGGACGAAGGUACAGAGCAGCGACAAGAUGUUACGAUUGUAAUCUCCCAUCCUCAAUUCCAAAAACACACUUUUGAUAAUGACAUUGCAGUUCUGAUGUUGAAGAAACCUCUAAUAUUCAACCAGAAUGUUGUACCAAUCUGUAUUCCCCAUAGAAACUUUGCAGAACAAGUUCUGAUGAAUCAGCCCAAUGCAUUAGUUAGUGGCUGGGGCCGUGUCCAAGACCACGGUAUGCCAUCCACCAAGCUCCAGCGGCUCACCGUGCCUUACAUCAAUCGGGUCAAAUGCAUCGAGUCCAGUCGGUACCCUGUGUCUCCGAACAUGUUCUGCGCUGGCUACGAUAACGAGAGCAAAGACUCUUGCCAAGGGGACAGUGGUGGGCCCCAUGUCACCAAACACAAGAACACUUGGUUCUUGACUGGCGUUGUGAGUUGGGGAGAAGGAUGUGCACAUAAAGGGAAAUACGGCAUCUACACAAAGGUGUCAAAAUACAUCAAAUGGCUCAGAUGGGUUAUGCGUGAGAUGUCUGUUUACCCACACACACAUACUUAGACUGAAAAUGCAUCUCAUUUUAAUAUGUGCAGGCCAUGCACCCCACUAGAUUGCAAAUAUAUUACAAAAUUAGACUUCCUCACCACUAGAUCCAAUAACACGUCAGAGCUGAAGAUAGAAGUUAAAUUCAGACUUUAUGACAUAAUUGAAAUUAGACCUAUUAUCAACAGAUGGCUCCAUUUAUCUAUAUUGUGUUUGUAAAAGAGCUUUAAACUUUUCAAAGGUUUUCAUAAAAUUACCCUAAAUCACUGGUUUUCUACUUCGUCAUUAUCCCACUUUAUAGUUUAAUGCUGCAUGUAAAAUAUUAACCAGCAAACAAUGGUCCCAAUUAGACUGUACAAGCCAUCACUGAAAAGUGCACCAAUAAUAGCCAGAAUAAAAAUUAUCAUCAGAAUGUUA